AUGACUGAAACUACUAAUGUUCAAUCCAUAGGGUAUUUGCCACCGUAAAUAUCAAGUCAUUACAUUACUUUUGAGAAGGGUUCAAAGGUCUUAUUGUUUCUGAAUUACUUCUAAGUUGAUGAUCAAUCCUUAAUUUUGAUCUCUCCAAGGAACUUUGAAUAUAGCAACUUAAGCUUCACCAUGUUUAGUUCAAAUAUAUAACCUACGAAUAGAACUUCAAAAAAAUUGAUAGUUUCGAUUGAAUAGUUUAAGUCAAUUGUGAGUUUCAAUAUUUUGCUUUUCUGUGAUUUGUAUUAAAACAACUCAGCUAAGACUUAUUCAAAACAAGCUCGGAGUACUGAGUCUUUUAUUAACCCAAAUUAAUGCGAUUAAGUGAAUAUACUCACGGUUCCAGGAGAAAAGGGGAUUGACUUUCAAAAAGUGCAACAAUUUUUAGAUUGCAAAUUCAAAUCUAUCAAAUAACUCUAUAGAUCCAAUAGUUUAGUGUAUAUGGACAGUCCCUAUAAAUUGUACAAUGUCUUAUUUCGCUUUGACAAAAAUACAUUGUUGAUUGAGUAUUUUAGAUUUCUGAUCGAUAAUCAAAUCUACAACGAGUUAAGUGAGAUCUAGUAGCAUUAUCAAGUAACCAAUUUAGACAUUACUUUAUAUAAAUUUUUUGAUAGUAAAGAGCUGCCUAAUUCAAUGAACUCAGUCUAAGCAAUUCGUAAGAAAUUCAACAAUUAAACCAGAGAUUAGUAAUUCUAUUUAUUACAACAAAUGAAACACAUAAAUUAAAUGCAUCAUUAAGCGGAUUAUUAAAAUUUGAUGUGCCCAGAUUGUUAGAAUACUUCUAAAUGUUCAUUUCUAGUGUCUAAAAGCUAAUAAAUAUUUUUGGCUGGAGAGAGUGAACUGUUCGCUUAUCCUGUACGGAUUGAAUAUGUGAAUUUAAUUGGUAGACUAUUCUCAUAAUUGAUAUGUCAGAUGAUGCAUUUUGCGAAAACUUAGAAUGUCUAUAAUAGAAUGAAUAAUAUCGCAUAGAUAGAACGAAUAGAAGAAGCAAUUUCAUGUCCAUCUUCUAACUUAGAAAGAAACUAUUAAAACCUAGAAAUGUUGGGAGACUCAGUUAUUAAGUAUCUGACAUCAGCAAUGUUGUUUGAAGAUAAAGGAUUAAAUAAUGAAAGUCUAUUGUCUUCCCUUAGAAUUAAAUUAAUCACCAACAAACAUUUGUCCGAUGUGUAUUCAAUUCUGCAAAUUCGAACAAUGAAUUCAAAGAUACAUUACAAAAAAGUAAGAAAUCAUAUGACCACGACAAUAAAUGAUGUGGAUGAUUUCAAAUUAUCAAGAAAACAGUAAGCAGAUAUUUAUGAGGCUAUAUGUGGUGCCUGUUACAUUCGAGAUUACGAAUUCAGUGAUGUGAUCAAAUUCUUUAAGUUGACUAAUUUUGGAUUUCAGGGUGUUUUUCCAAGUUUCUACACUGGCAAUUGUCUAAUUCAAUUUUCUGAUGUCAAAAACUGUGGAAUAUACCCUUUGAAAUUACAGAAACAAAUAAGACCGUUUGUUCAAAAUUCAAUUUACAAUCAAUCACUGGAUAAGUUCGAAUAGUUUUUGGGUUGCAAAUUAUCUCGACUCAAUGAAGCAAUGACAGUUGAAGAUUACGAAAGACUUGAAUUCUUGGGAGAUGCAAUACUUGAAUUCUUGAUUGUAGCAAAUGUACAUAAGGAAUGCGAGAAAUAUUAUUAUUCUCAAGAUUAGCAAUAGAUGUGUAGAGAAGGUAAAUUAGAAUCGAAGUUAUUGUUGUGUCCAGGCAUGUUACAUACAGCUAAGAUUUCCUUACUUGAUAACGGCUUUAUGGGUACGAUGGCUCUGUAUCAUGGAUAUCAUCAAUAUGCUAUAGGGUUGUGUCAGGAAACUUAAAAUGAGAUAGAGAAAGUGUUGGAGGCUCUUAGAUAGGAAGAAUUUAAUGAGUUCUACCUAAUUAAUUAAUAUUCUACUUAGAUUCCGAAGAUUAUGGGUGAUCUCUGGGAGAGUGUGGCUGCUUGCAUAAUGAUUGAGUAUGGAUGGGAGGGAGUGGUCAAGAUUUAUGGGGAAUUGUAUAAGCCCUAUAUUUAAUAUGUCGUGUAGAAUAUUUAUUCUAUUUACGAUUACCAUCAAUUGAUAAAUCGAAAUAUUUAAAUAGAAAAAAAUUGA